AUGAUCUGUCUCGUGGAGAGAAAGAGGUUAAGGAAAAAAUCUCCAUCAAUACCUUCAUUUGCUGACAAGUAUCUCAAAGUAUCAUACAAUGAGUUGUUCAAAGCUAUUGAUGGUUUCUCUUCCAGCAACCUACUCGGCACCGAAAGCUUUGGUUCUGUUUACAGAGGGACUCUGGAUCCCAGUGGCACAAUCGUGGCAGUGAAAGUCUCCAAUCUCCAGCAACGAGGUGCCUCCAAGAGUUUCAUAGCAGAAUAUGAGGCCUUGAGAGGUAUCAGGCAUCAAAGUCUCAUCAAGAUCUUAACUGCAUGCUCAAGUAUUGAUUCCAAGGGUGAUGACUUCAAAGCUCUGUUGUAUGAGUUCAUGAAUAAUGGGAGUUUGCAGACAUGGCUGCAUCCGAAGGAUGCUGGCCUCUUUAACCAACUAAGCUUGAUUCAGAAAUUGAACAUAGCUGUGGAUGUUGCUGAUGCACUGGACUAUCUCCAUGCCAAUUGCCAACCACCAGUCAUUCACUGUGAUCUGAAGCCUAGCAAUAUUCUCCUCGAUGACAACAUGAAUGCUGUGGUUGGGGACUUUGGGUUGGCAAGGAUCCUUUCUGAAACCAUGAGCAUAUCUCAACAUGAUUCACAUAACUUGAUGAGAAUCAAAGGGCCCAUUAGAUAUAUAGCUCCAGAGUAUGGAGCUGGAAUUCAAGUGUCUACCUCUGGAGAUGUUUACAGCUAUGGAAUCCUUCUGCUAGAGAUUUUCACUGGAAAGAGACCGGUUGAUGACAUGUUCAACAAUGGCUUGGAGCUUCGCGAAUAUGUUCAUAUGGCUUUUCCUGACAGAGUUAUGAAAAUUAUAGACCAUGCAAUCAAUGAAAGCACCACCAAUGGCAUCAACCAGAGAGCAGAAGAAGAAUGCUUAGUUUCUGUCAUCAGAAUAGGUCUUGCUUGCUCAGAAAGAUUGGCAAGAGACAAAAUGAGCAUUAGAGAUGUAGCCAGUGAGAUGCAUGCUGUCAGAAAUGCAUACUUUAAGGCCGGACAGUCAUAG